GAUAAACGGACAACAUUCAUGAUCAGAAACAUCCCCAACAAAUAUACUCAGCAAAUGCUCCUUGAUUGUAUUAAUUCUACUCACAAAAAUACGUACGACUUUCUUUAUUUACGUAUCGACUUUAAAAACAAGUGUAAUGUUGGCUAUGCCUUUAUUAAUUUUACCAAUGUCAAUCUAAAGUUGUCUUUGCACCAUACUAGUUUGUUUAUUAAAUACUUUAUUAGGAAUCUAUUCAAUUCCGAGAAGCGGUGCUCCUUGUCAUAUGCAAAUAUUCAAGGCAAAGAUGCUUUAGUUGAAAAGUUUAAAAAUUCAAAUGUGAUGGAAGAGGACGAAGCUUACCGU